GUGUGGUUACAAAAGUACGGCUAUCUUCCACCCGCUGACCCCAGAAUGUCAGUGUUGCGCACUGCAGAGACAAUGAGAUCUGCUAUAGCUGCCAUGCAGCAGUUCUAUGGCAUUAACAUGACAGGAAAAGUGGACAGGAACACAAUCGACUGGAUGAAGAAGCCUCGUUGUGGAGUUCCUGAUCAGAUGAGAGGCAAUUCUAGAUUUAACAUCCGUCGAAAGCGAUAUGCAUUAACAGGACAGAAGUGGCAACACAAAUAUAUCACUUACAGCAUAAAGAAUGUCACUCCAAAAGUAGGAGAUGCUGAAACCCGUAAAGCUAUUCGCCGUGCCUUCGAUGUGUGGCAGAAUGUGACCCCUCUGACAUUUGAGGAAGUUCCUUACAUAGAAGUGGAGAGUGAGAAGAGAGCCGUGGAUAUUAUUAUAAUUUUUGCAUCAGGUUUUCAUGGAGACAGUUCUCCCUUUGAUGGGGAAGGAGGAUUUUUGGCUCACGCUUAUUUUCCUGGGGCAGGAAUUGGAGGAGACACUCAUUUUGACUCAGAUGAGCCAUGGACUUUGGGAAAUCCCAAUCAUGAUGGAAAUGAUUUGUUUCUAGUAGCAGUUCAUGAACUGGGACAUGCCCUUGGAUUGGAGCAUUCAAAUGAUCCAACUGCCAUUAUGGCUCCAUUUUACCAGUACAUGGAAACUGACAAUUUCAAACUACCUAGUGAUGAUUUGCAGGGAAUCCAGCAGAUAUACGGUCCACCUGACAGAAUCCCACCACCAACAAAACCUUUGCCAACAGUACCUCCACAUCGUUCUGUCCCUCCAGGCGAUCCUAAGAAGAAUGACAGAACUAAAGCUCCUCGUCCACCCACAGGGGAUAAGCCCUCCUACCCUGGUGUCAAACCCAAUAUCUGUGAUGGAAAUUUUAAUACUCUAGCCAUUCUCCGCCGGGAAAUGUUUGUUUUCAAG